AUGGGAUCCAUCGUCCAAGCACCCGCCCUCACCACCCAGGCCAUGCCCUUCAAAGUUCUCGUCGUGGGCGGCUCCUACGGCGGUCUCUCCGCCGCCCUCAACCUCCAAGAUCUCUGCAGUGGUCUCGCACCACGAUGCGGCCCCAAGCCAGUCGAGGGCGCGCCAGUGAUCGAGACACCACAGUUCAACGUUGACAUCACCAUUGUAGACGAACGUGAUGGCUUCUACCACCUCAUCGGCUCCCCCCUCGCCCUGGCCGACGAAGACUACGCGGCCAAGUCCUGGGUAAGAUACGAAGACGUCCCCGCCGUCUCCCAAUCCCAAAACAUCCGCGUCCUCCACGGCUCUGUCAAGUCAGUUGAUCAAACCUCCAAGACGGCCACUUACCUCCCUCACGGCCUGGUGUCCUCCCCAGAAAACACAAGCACCCUUUCAUAUGACUUUUUGGUCGCCGCCGCCGGCCUCCGCCGCGUCUGGCCUGUGGUUCCGCAGUCUCUCCGCAGGAAACAGUUUCUCUUCGAGGCCGGCGACCAUAUCCGUGCUGCCACUACUGCUCGCCAUGGCGUGGUGGUUGUGGGCGGUGGUGCGGUCGGUAUCGAGAUGGCUGCUGAGCUGAAGCUUGUCCAGCCUCAGUUGAAGGUCACGCUUGUGCACUCGAGGGAUAAGCUUCUCAGCUCGGAGCCGCUGCCGGAUGAGGUCAAGGAUAAGAGUUUGGAGCUGUUGCUUGAGGCGGGGGUUGGCGUGAGGAUGAGCACUAGGUUGGAUAAGACGGAGGAGGUGGUGGACGAGCAGGGGAAGAAGGCGGUCAGGGUGUGGUUUACCGAUGGGGAGAGCAUCCUCGCCGAUCAGGUCAGCUUGGCGGUGUCCCGGUCUGUGCCGUCGACGGAGUUUUUGGGGGUGAAUGAGACUGGUGUGUUGGAUGAGGAGGGGUAUGUGAAGAUCCAGAGUAGCUUGGCUUUCCCGGCUGAGACGCCAAACUGGAGUGAUCACUUUGCUAUUGGGGAUUUGGUAAAGUGGUCGGGGAUUAAGAGGUGCGGCGGGGCUAUGCAUAUGGGUUUUUUCGCUGGGAAUAAUAUUCAUCAGAGGAUGAUUGAGAUUGCUUCUGGGAAGGAGCCUGCCUUCCUUAAGCUGGAUGAGAUCCCGCCCAUGAUUGGGUUGGCGGUGGGGAAGAAGGCGGUUUCGUACUGGCCUGCGACUGGUGUGUCGGCCGGUGAGGAUGUCUCGCAGGCCUUCUUUGGGGAUGAUCUUGGGUUUACGAUCUGCUGGAAUCACUUGGGGCUUGGAAACAGCCAAAAGUUGUGA